AUGAACAAUAUCCUGGGACUUCUGAGGCUUCGGAUCAAGCGAGGCAUCAACCUUGCUGUUCGUGAUACCAAGACUAGUGAUCCUUACGUGGUGGUCACCAUGGGUUCCCAGAAACUGAAGACAAAAGUGAUAAAGAAGAAUUGCAACCCUCAGUGGAACGAGGAGCUGACGCUUUCCGUUACAAAUUUCGAAGAAAACAUCCAUCUAGAAGUGUACGACAAGGACACGUUAACUGUGGACGACAAGAUGGGAGAUGCAGACAUAGACAUCAAACCCUACGUUGAGUGCAUCAAGAUGGGGUUGGACGUCCUCCCGAAGGGCUGCGCCGUCAAGAAAGUUCAGCCCAACAGGACCAACUGCCUGUCCUCUGAGAGCUGCUGCGUUUGGGAAAAUGGCAAAAUUGUUCAGGACAUGAUUCUCAAACUGAAAAACGUCGAGUGCGGCGAAAUUGUGCUUCAAAUUGAGUGGAUCCACCUUCCUGGUUCUAAAGGUUUAGCAGGUGUCUAG